AUGUAUCUGACCUCACCCAUCGUGUACGGCUUCUUUCAGUGGUACCCAGAAUGGCGUACGACCGUCAGCUUGAUAGGCUUUGCCAUCAUGUUGUUAGGCAUGGUGGGCGCUUCGUUCGCCAACUCGGUCGCAGAAUUACUCGCAACACAGGGAAUUCUCUAUGGCCUAGGAGGCUCAUUACUCUUCUUUCCAGUAUAUUCUUACCUUGAUGAUUGGUUCAUAAAGCGGCGCGGCCUAGCAUUCGGGGUGCUCAUUGCUGGGGAUGGCACAGGAGGCGUUGUCAUCCCUUUAUUAAGCCAGUGGAUGCUUGAUAAAUGGGGGUUUCGAACCGCGAUGCGCGCUUGGGCUAUCAUCAGCUUCCUCUUCUUGUCGGCAUCGCUCGUCUGCUUGAAGCCUCGCCCGAAAGCUCGAAAUGCCGUUGGGCCAGUCUCCCGCGGUUUUGACAUGAGAUUUCUCAAGAGCCCAGCUUUCUGGAUCCUCCAGACCGGAAAUAUCUGCCAGGGACUUGGCUACUUCAUGCCCAUUCUGUACAUGCCUUCUUUCGCUGCUGAACGGGGCUGGCCUAACAUCACUGGCACUAUCGCAGUUUCUCUGUGCAAUGUAUCCCUUGUCGUCGGUGCAACUGCGACUGGAUGGAUCGUUGAUCGAUACCAUGUUACUACAGCCAUUAUGAUCUCCUGCAUUGGCACUAUGGUGGCAGUUUUCAUCUUCUGGAGUUUCUCGGUCUAUCAGCCUAUGCUAUUUAUAUUUGCUAUUACCUAUGGGGUCUUUGCCGGUGGCUUCCCCGCCACGUGGUCUGGCUGCGCCAACCCGGUGCGUCGGAGUUAUCCUGUGGAGAAUGGCAUGAUUGUCGCACUGUUCACAGCAGGCAAGGGCAUAGCAUCCGUUAUUUCUGGACCUGUGAGUGGAGCACUGGUCGAAGCCGAUACCUGGAAGGGUCAGCUAGGGUUCGCAUACGGCAGUGGAUAUGGAAAAAUGAUAAUCUUUUCCGGUAUCACCGCGUCAUUUGCAAGCAUCAGUUGGGUUGGGAAGCGCCUAGGGGUAGUGUAG